AUGCGAACCGCAGUAUUGUGCCUUCUGCUGGUGUCCGCCCUCUAUGAACCGUUGCGCAACUCCCUCUGGCGCGUUCUGGAAGUGGGCGGUGUAGGAGGUGUGGGUGGCCUAUGCAACUUAGGUAAUCCUGGCACUUGCAGCAGCCUUGCGGGGCGCACGCAAAACUACUGCUUCAUUCCAGGGAUUGUCGCUGGCUUCACGAGCAUGGCCAUUUUGGUUCUGAUCCUAUGGACAUUGCCCAUGUUUCUGGGAGGAGUACGCAUGGCUGCCACCAAAACUGCAAGCGAAGAGAUGGAGCCCCAGGACGAAGGGGACGAAAUGACUCAGGUGACCCUUCGUUGUGGAACCGAUGGCUUUACCAUGUUGUGGAACGGCUUGUCAGCCUUGUGGUUUGUGGUGCCUUUGGCCUACUUCCUUGCAGAUCCCUUCUUCCAUCAGGGCAUCUUGAACAUCAUUUUGGGCGUGGCGGUGGCAGCUGCAUUUCCACUCAGCUGGCAUUUAUCGUUUGUUGCUUUGCCAUUGAGCAGCCCUUUGAUGCUGGGAUUGAAAUUGUCUCGGCCAUCCCUGAUGGCAAUUCACAAAUUCCUCGGCUUCAGGAGUGCUUUCUGGGGUGCCUUGCACGUCACUGGCGAAAUUAUGUGGUUGGCCCGAAGCGGGUUUGAAAACCUGUCUCUCAGUGACGCAAAAGGAGAAAACCUGCUCUACAUCCUUGGGCUUGCAGCCGCCGGCAUCUUCCUGACUCAUGUGCUGGUGGCGCUGGCGAGGCGUCAAUCUUGGCUACGUCCAUAUUUCAAAGAGACCCACCGAGUCAUUGCAGUUUUGCUGUUGAUCACGGCUACAGCUCAUUGGUGGCCCUUCGCAUUCUUCUUACUUCCAGCUGCUGCGGCUUAUGGAGCAUCCACAGCUGAAAGAGUUGCGUGGGGUGCUGAAGGCGGCCAGCAGCGCAUGGGUGCGGCUCUCGCAUCUGCAGUGAUGGGUGGCCUUUUGGGUUUGAUCGUGGUGUGGGUUUUCCGGCAGGAAUACAUGCAGCGUCCUUCUGCCGGUUUGAUGAUUCCAUUUCUUUUCCCACCAGCUGCUCUCGUGGCCGAAUUCCUUGGUGCGUUGGGAGCUGCCUCAUUGACCCUGGUGUUUUUUCCUCGACCUCAGGGUCUUCUGACAGACUGCUAG